AUGAACCUGAAGCUUGUGCAUUUCCUGCAUCACCAACGCUACUUGGGCCUGACAGACCUGGCCUUUUCCGAUUCGCUACAAAAUUACUGCCUCCAUGCUACCUGGACUUCGAUUGCGACUCAGAUCCUGGUCGUUGGCCUUUUUGCGUCCUCUCUGGUGGCAGCUGCAGUAGAUUCCCUCUACUACAUGGACACCAAUUCACAGACAGGGAACGCAUUUGAUAGAGCUGUGAUCCUGACCGCAUCGGUCAGUCAGCUGCUGGCCAACUUAUGGUUUCGCUCGCAGCAAGACUCCCAGGUGAUCCUGCUGCAGCGCCUUUCGAAGCUGGUGGGGCGAUUGCAUUGCGAGUCACUGGUGAUGUGCAGCCCCCGUUGGCUGUACUGCAUCUGGCUGGUGGUGUCCGUGCUCUAUGGGUCCAUGGUGGCCCAUUUUGGCAUGAAUUGGAUUGAAGACAUGCAGUUAAGCCGCCUUCUAACCCUGCUGGGAUUUGUGGCUCGUUGCAUUUUGGCCAACUUUCAGUACACCUGCUAUACCAGCAUGGUGUUAGUUCUGCAAAGGCUUCUGCGCAUCCAGGCGGAGCAGCUGGAGGGUCUGGUGUCCAGCGCCUCCAUCUCUGCGGCUGAUCUGGCCGCCUGCUUGAGAGCCCACGACGAGAUCCUGCUGCUGGGUCAGCGGGAAUUGGUUGCAGUUUAUGGCGGAGUCGUACUGUUUCUCUUGUUGUAUCAGGUCAUGCAGUGUGUUCUGAUAUUAUACGUCAGCAACUUGGAGGGAUUCCAUUCAGUCCAGGAACUUGUCUUCAUUCUCAUUUGGUUAGCUCCAAUGGUCUUCUACCUCAGCCUACCGUUGGUCGCUAAUGAAGUACUUAAGCAGUGUCAUCGUUUUCGAUGGAAUAUUAAAUGUGAAGCAAGCAGUAGAUAUUUAAGGAGUAUAUAUUUAUCAUAGGACUAAGCAGCCAAAUAAUAUAGCUAAGAAGUCAAGAGAAGUAUCUAAA